GUGCUGCCGAACCACACCUCCUGCUUCGUCUUCUUCUUCCCCCUCGUGCCAACUGCUCUUCACUGUUUUCCACUUCAUCUUAAUCCGGGCCGCGGAUGGAUUUAGAGCUCGAGAAGGGGUCCUUUGUGAGUACUUAAGCGCUUAACGACGAUGUUGCUGAUCUCAUGAGGUUAGUGUCAGGGUUGGAGAGUGGAGAGUUGAAGUUACAUGAGGCGCUGUAGUUGCAGUGAGAUUUUAUCGGUGGGGGGGGACUGACCUUUGACCGCAAGGUCUGUUGCUUUCCCAACGCUUCAUAUGGUGAUUCAUGUUAACCGGUGACGACGAUUUCAAAACGUAGAGCAUUUAACGGAGCGAAAUCUUUGGGUAUCUGUUUGGAGAGCCGCCCCUUGACAGUAGCUCAUUAAAGGCAAUGCUCGCAAAACGACGGUUCUUACCAUGUGAACUCCCGUUUAUCUAUAUUGGGCUUCUCUAUGGUAUCUUGCGUUUUUCUGUAACGUGUUCAUGGAGAUAACGAUCCCUCAUGAAGAUCUCGGGAAAGCAGAAUGAUCCACACAUACCCAUUGCAGCGAUAGCUGAUACAGAGUAUCAGUAGAGCUUUUGGUAUUUCCGUUAUGAUGGCCACCACCCUCGCCUUGAUAACCCUGAACUAUUCUGCCGGUUGUUAACGGGACAUUUCCUCCUGGGCUCCCUCUAGUUGGAUUUACACGAAAAGCUGGAGGACGAGGUCGAAAGGCGACAAUGAGAGAAGAGGAGGCGGGUGCGCGUUACCUGAGUCCGCUGGUGAAACAAGAUUUAGCGAAGCUGUACUUAGAUGGGGAUAGCCGUCGAUUCGCUCUGAAAUCCCUCCAGCAUAUCAUUGAGCAGCUGGAUGCUACUUCGAUGCCCAAAUUUCUUGGCCAGAUUGCCGACUCUCGUGAAUUUGGCGGAUCAAAGUCUUAUGCUAUCUCCCUGUACGAGGAAGUUGCACGGGUACACGGAAGACUUAUUAAGCCAUACCUUCCUAGGGUGAUGUCUUCCCUCAUUCGAGCGUUGGCGGCAAGUGGGAGUUCUCCCCAGCUGCAACAAGCAUGUGCAAAGGUUACAGUAGCCAUGGCGCGUUACACUAUUGACCCCUCAAUGUCCAUUGAAGAUGCUGAGGAGAUUAUCCGAGGAAUUUGUGAUCCUCUAGCUGAAGCUCUUGCAGGAAAGUUGGAGCCUGUGGCAGCGGGGGCUGCUGCCUGCAUCCAUGCCCUCAUUGAAACAGAAUAUUGGAGAUGUGCUUGCAAUGGAACAGUGCAGGAAGUGUACCAGCGCUUAACUGUAGCAUUAAGUGAAAAAUCAACACGUACGGUCUUUCACUUGCACCUCGCUUCUGCAUUAGCGUCGAUGAAUCCCGACACAGUCGGCGUAUAUGGUGCACCCUUGUUAAGGGUAGGCGAGGAAACUCUGAAAAGUGCAGUCGACUCUUGGCAGCAUCGUAAGGCAGCUGCUAAGCUACUGCAGGGGGUACUCACAAUACUUGAUAAGGAGACAUUAGAAAUCGAGCUCGAUUCAGUAAUUCGUGCCUUGGAGAUCUGCCGCCUUGAUAAAAUGCCGCAUGUAAGGGCAGCUGUGAGUGAAGCCUUGUAUGCAGCUAGAAUGUUAGCUCCUGGUGAUUCUACUCAAUCCUGUAGUGUGUUAAGUGGCCAUAUUUGCACGCUAAAAGAGCAAAACCGGAGCUCGUGGACUAAAGGGAUCACGGAGCAGACCCACAAUUUUUGGUCCAAGGAAGACGUUUUGAGCUCUCCGAUACUGAAGUGUGUUAUUAGUCCAACUUCUCAAGAGUCAAAUCAAUUGUCCUUUUCGCCAGCAGCUUCAACGUCAACGAUGGAUUCUAUGCAUAUUAGACAAGUUUCGACCCCUGUGCGGAACUCCAGUGGAAGGUCGAAACGGACACCUCUAGAUCCCACAAGAGGAAUGGGCUUCUCAAGGUCACCUGGGUGCUGCUCUCCAGGCGCGGUUUCUCCUUCGGCUUGUUCUGCUGAUAAGUGCGAGCAAAGCUCACAGAAGUUGGACUCGAAGGAAAAUGUGCUGACGAGGAAUUCGAGUGUGAAUGCGUCUCUGGAAGGUGAAGGAUUUGAGCAUGCUCAAGUUCAGGCCAAGUCAACGCGGGCGUCAUCCCCUUUUACUGAUUCUUACAAUUCUCUAGCCUCGAGCCAACUAGAUGAAUUCGAAGUUGACAUUCAUACACCGGAAAUGAAGGAAAGAACUCCUACCGAGAAGUUUGAGGAUCGAUCUGCUUCACAUGAUGAAAAAGAGAUAGCAAUGACGUCAAAUUGUUUGCCCUCUGGGCAUAUGAUGAGCCCCAUUGUUUCAGCAAUAUUGGAUGAACUCGCUGAGACUGCAUCAAGCAUAUUAGCUGAGGAUGAUGCUGGGCUUGCGUUACUUGAUAGCCAAAUUGAGUCUUGUAUUCUGAAACCAGAGUUGAAGAAUCUCCCUAGAUUGCGGUUGGGAUGCUUUAAUUGUCCUGAAGCGCACUCACGAAGUGGCUACGCUGUCGGUGCUGAUAACUCGAGUAAAAACUUUCCAAGCACAGUAAUGCAGACUCACGAACAAGGUCCCGGUGGUUGUAUCCGAGAUGCUAACGGAUGCAUGGUGAAGCAUGAUGGAGUGAAAGGAAGGAACAUGGUUUUAGCUGCUGCAGGCACUACUCAGGAUUUUUCAGCUUCAUUAGAAGGAAGAGACGAGAAAUUCCUUCAAGGAUGUGGCUUAGGCGAAGAAAGUGUUCCGAAGCAUCACAAUGCAGUAGCACACCUUGGCCUCAGUCCCGAAGAGAAGUCAAAGCCGCUCAUCACCACAAAUGACUUCCUCCCUAGUGCUACACCGAAACAACUCAUGCGUAAAUUACUAUACUUGAAUUCCUCAAAUACUGAUUCUAGAAGGGUCUCCUUGGAUCAAGAGGUAGUGCAAUGUGAGGAUGGAGUUCCAGAUGUGGUUGAUAUGGAUGUUGAAACCUCAAGUGAAGCGGGUUGGAGUGUUCGUGACAAUCCAAUAGCAUCUGAUGAGUCGUUUCAAGCUGGCAUUUCUGAUGAAGACGAGGAUGAAGACAGACAAAAGCAACCUGCCGAGGUUAUUCGGCAACCCCAAAAUUUCCUGUCUAGUGACUGCAAUGGCUCUCGAGACAUUCACAUGCUCUCUCCUGUCUAUCGCGAGGCCCGGUCAACCAACUGUACAGAGGGGGGGUUUCACCAGGAGAAAACUACUGAUUCCACAUUUCAAUGCAUCAGCAAUUUUCCCUCGUCAACAUCCACUGAAGCAGGCUAUUGCAGAAAUUUUUACGAGGAUUGGUUUACAUGCAAUUCAGACUCUCAGAGAAUUAUGUCAAGCGAAACACUUGCAUCUUGUAGUCCAGUUUUCAAGUACUCGAACGUAGACUCUUUUGGGUAUAUUUCAAGCGAACUUGUGGAUGUACAACACGAUGACAAGGUCGAGAGGAUUGGACCUUACAGCAAUUUCUUAGCUGUUGGUGAAGGUACCACAGCGGUGGAGUCUCAUGGCAGAGAGUGUUACAGACUAGAAUCAUCAGGGAGAAACCCACGAAGUAUAUUCGACAGCUUAGACCUUGGGCAAUAUGUGAUCCCGCGGGCGUCGCUGGCCAAAACAUGGAGGAAGUUCUGCUGGUACGGGGAAAUCGUCUUGGGUGGCACUUUAUGUCUAGUGGUCACGCUUCCGUUGGCCAUGGCCCUUGCGAAGACUGUGACUUCACCUUCAAACUACCUCGUUCCCACCUGAAGGGAAUAUCGAAGAAUUUCAUUUGUCGACUCCAAAUCCGUGCGCAUUUAACUCCUGGUUGUGACGACUCAAGUAGGUUAAAUCCUAUAAGUAUGUACGAUAUGAUUGCAAAGACGAAUGAUCCAUUAAGAGGGGCGAACAUAGCAGAAGUCUUUCGCUUUGUUUUCUUUUCAAUUACCAUGCCGCUACGCAAUAACAUAAAUAUGAUAAUCAAAGUAUUCCAGGUAGAGAAGAUACACUUUGAUGUGCACUAUUAUACAAAACGAUUUAUUGUGGAAAAGCUUUACUUCUAUACAAGUUAUUUGAAUUUACUUGAUGCUUUAAUAAAUUACGUUUUUUAGAUUUCA